AUAUGUCAAAAUGGCCGCUGUUCCCUCAGAAGCAGACAAAUUGCGUCAACAAAUUGCAUUUUUAACAAAUCUGAUAAAUUCUGCUCGUACCCCAGGACUGCCUUCUGCACCUACCAUGAGACAUCCAUCUCAAACCUCACCAAGCUAUGGGCCGGUCAGAGGUCAGAUAAGGCCUCAAUGGAACAACUCUUUCAAUAUUGGACCAAGAUUUCCUACAAGUUACCCGUACGGUGUUUCUAACCGCACACCUGCUGUUGCAACACCAUCCCGUGUGUUGAUGGGAGCAGGUAAUGUGCGGUUCCCACUAGCCAACUCAGCACCUGUUGUCUCUCCCCAGGCCCACAGAGGUGUGGGGACUUCUCUCUUUAACAGACCAACACAAAUGAACAAUUCCAGGACAGUGUAUCAGACAAAUUCAAACCAGCUAAGCAAUCAAAAUAUGUCUGUGAGUUCAAGUAAUGUGAGGAGUGUGCUAGGACCACCUAUUGUUCAGCAGCAGCAGCAGCAACAACUACUGUCUCAUGCUCGGAUGCUUCAGCAGGAUGUGUUACAAAGGCAGAGGAUUCCACAAGAUGCAAAGAUUGGUGCUAAUUUUAUGCAGAUGUCUCGUCACAAUGCAGAUAUAUGUGUGGUGACAUCACAAGCAGGACGCACUGGCAUGCUUUCCUCACAAAUGCAGUCUUUACAGACGAACACCACCUCCCAGGAUGUACUCACACCAGGUUACCUUGGAUCUGCCCUGGUUCCGUCAAGACCUGGGGAUUCUGCAUCAGCCUCCAAUUCUAAUGGAGAACCUAAAAUGCAGCAGAUGGCAGUAUUAAUGGAGGAAUUACAAAAGACACAAACUAAGAUCCAAGCCCUGCAAAAUCAGCUUCUGAAUACCUCUCAGAACACACAGACGCAACAGCAUCCGCAGCAGCCAGCUGCCUUCCAGCCUCAGGUUGCUAUUCAGUCCAUUGCUACUCCUGGGGCAAUGGCAAUGAGGAUGCAGACAGCGAUGGUGAAUCCAACUCCUGGAAUUCCAGCAGUGCAUGUCUCCCCUGCUCUGGGUCACCCAAUGGCCCAGACAAACAAAGUGUGGUCAAGAUAUGGAGCUGGUCAGCCUGUCCAGUUUGUGAGGAAUAUGAACAGCCAACAGGUGGUUGGGAGGCCAAUAAGUGCAGCACCAGUUUGGAGCAACCUCCAUGCUGGACGUCAGGUUUCUCAUCGCACAGCAGCUCUGACAGGUUCCGGUUUAGUGAAGCCGUUACGUAGACAUGUCUCCCCAGCAGUCAUCAACACCAGGUUUGAGAUGAAUAGUGUGCGGUCUCAGGUGAUAGGUAACAGCAUCCAGCAGUCAGUCCGAGCUUCCCAGACUCGUAGGACCCAGCAGUCUGUGCACACAUCAGAGGUGAUGAUGAGCAAGUACAAGCUACAGAAGGCAGUGCCAGGCCUUGGUCAUGCUACUGCUCACACUAUUGUCAGCAAGUAUAAGAUAGAAAAGUCAGACAUGUUUGGUAGCAGAAGCAUACAGAUGAACUUCUUCAACAGCAAAUACAUGAUCCAGCCUACUCGAUACAGACCCAACUACUAUGCACCCCGGUACAUGUCCCGGUAUGCCACUCGACCCACCAUGUACAGGGACCCCCGGCGCUCCAUGUGGAGAGGAGCCCCAAGGGUGUGGCAGACCUAUCAGCAGAGGGCUGCACCGUGGAGCACACAUCCACCUUCAUCAUACAAGCAUGCCAGAGGUUUCACAGACAGGUAUCCACAGUCUACAUCACGGGUCUGGAAGAAGCACCAGUGGUUGUCAUGGAAUCACAAGUCUCGUUUGACCAUGAAAAACCUUUUGCAGAAGAGGUUACAGCUAUUGAAGAGAUCCAACAAGCAUCGAGUGUCUCGACUGAAGUUAGAUCGACGUCAAAAGGCCACUGUUCGAAGACUGGCUAUUGAAGACAGCCCAAAGCCAAAGACCACUGUGCAAAGACUUGCUAUUGAAGACAGCCCAAGGCCAAGCUCCUCUAGACAUGUCCUCAUCAAUGGUAUACUGUACAAGUCUUCCAGUACUUCUCUGACCAAGGCUUUACCCCCUCAGCAGGCUCCAUCAGCAGGGGAGGGGAGUACAGCCCUGCCCCUCAUCAGCAAGAAGAAAUCAGUUGUUGUCAAACAGCUGAAUGCAGCUGCCAUGAAGACCAUCUCUGUGAGGGGCGUCAAGUUCCGUAUGGAUUCCUCAGGACGCAGUCUGCAGCGUAUUGACCAGACCCUGUCCCCAACCAAGUCCGUAGGUAGGAAGCAGCACAGGGCUGAGGUGAAGCGUGUGGACAUAGGAGGCGUCACAUUCAUACAGACCAAACCUGGGACACUGGUUCGAUCUACAACUGUCCGAACCAGAGCUGUGGCUAGUCGUGUGAAGAGUCGAGUUAUCAUUGCUGCGACACACAGCCUGCAUAAGGACAACACCAAAUCUGUGAAUGGCUACUGCGUCUUCUAUAACAAGUUUGGCCGGUGCAGGCUGGGAACGCGAUGUCCUUACAAGCAUGAUCCCACCAAGGUUGCUGUCUGUACACGGUUUCUGAGAGGCACAUGCAAGGUAGAAUCCUGUCCCUUCUCACACAAAGUGUCACGGGAUAAGAUGCCAGUGUGUUCCUAUUUUUUACGUGGCUUGUGCAACCGUGACGACUGCCCUUACCUGCAUGUCAAGGUCAGCAAGGAUGCAGAGGUUUGCCAGGACUUUGUUCGUGGCUUCUGUCCACGCGGGGAGCAGUGUUCAAAGAAGCACACCCUGAGAUGUCCAGCAUUUGCUGAAUCAGGGUCGUGUCCACGAGGCAAGAAGUGUCCCAUGCUGCAUAAGAGAAGCGCCAAGAGACUACAGAGGAACAGGCCUAAUGGUUCCGCGAAGAGGCAAUCUGAGGGUGUGACGGGAACAGAAGCAGAAACUGCAUCCGACGAGGCUACAGCUUCAACAGCUGCUGAUACUGCUGCCAGACAGACAGUAAAGGCAGAUGGAACCACAGACACAGAAGAAUACUCUAGUCAAAAGACAUCUGUUGAUGCCUCGACCAUGGCAUGUGAUGAUUUGCCAGAUUUAAGCUCAAGCACAGCCACAGGCACUACCAUGGAUUCCGAAUCUGGGCCCAGUACAAUGCCAGUGCUUGAAGCUAUGUCAGAUCUUGCAGAAAAGUCGGAAGGUGAUUCUGUGAAUGAUUCCAAGCAUGCUGGAUCAGAAGUGAAGACUGUGACUGCACCGACAGAGGAAACAGCAACAUGUGAUGGUGGUGAGGCUGCCAGUGCACAAGCAGGUGACAGUAAGACCACAGCAGACAGUUGUGUUCAGACAAAUGAUCCAGACUCCCCUUCUCCAGAGAAGUUACCUUCGUUCAUAUCCCUGGCAGACAUCAGUGUGAGUGAGGAGAACCUUGGGAGCAAGACUGAGGAGGGGCAGUCCAACACAGACACGUCCCUGCACAUCCGGCCUCGCUUGUGAUGACAACUUACUGUACUUUCCUACGAUUGUCAUUGUAGCAGUUUAUGGAGGCACUAGCAAGAAAGUGCAUGGCGGACAACUUCUUCAUUAACACUUGAAUUGAAUAUCUGUGCAGAUACUAGCUCUGUGAUGGAACAUGAGCACUUUAGCCACAUUUUCCUACCAACACUUAUAAAGCAUGUAUGGAGCAAGUACAUGUAUUGGGUUGUUGGUGAAGUUGUCAGCCAUGUUUUUUCUUGUUGCUUGCAGUAUUUGUUAAGUGAAACUCCUGGUACAAGACAGAGUGUGUGUAAUAUAUUAUAAAAUCAUUUGUAACAAAAAGCGAUUAUUUGUAUCUUUGUAUAUUGACAUUGCUGAUCAUGGUCUAUGUUUGCUCUGUGAUUGGACAAAUAAUCAAUCUUGUAUAUUCAGUGUUACUGGACGAUGUAGACAUAUUUGAUGUACCGGUAGUGAUCCAGAUGUAUUGAGAUGAUGUGUUGUGGACUAAGCUAGCCUGGCUGGCUGGCUGGCUGUUUGUGAUGUGAUAUGACGCUGAUUGUUAUGACUCACCUGGCCUGAAACACCUGGAUGAAAAUGUAUCCCCUUUCUGAAAUCUUUCACUUAUUUGUAUUUUUUGUAGUUUCUCUGAGCUGAGCUAAUGUUUGAUUUGAUGUGUUUUGGCUUAAAUUGAAUCAAAUGUGUCCAUAAACUCCUGAUGUUCAAUUAGGAUGCAUGGCAGCUACAUUUGAUAUUCUAUUAAACAUCUUGAUAUGAGCUAUAGUGAAUGCCUGCAGAGUUUAAGAGAUGAAGAGACAGUAAUGUUCACUUAUAGGCUUCUGGAUGACUUGCGAUAAUAAUGAGCUCUUACUCUCAUACUUUCAGUCUAAGCUUGAAAUGAAAAUACAAGAACUGUUAGGUACAACAUGUUCAGGGUAGGCAAAAACUAUAUUUUGUAUAUAGAAUAUUGUCUCUUCAUGGGGACUCAGGUGGCCCAGUGGUUGAAGGUGACAUGACCGUUUUGCAGAGUAAUGUACGUUAGCCAUGUCAGGAUCUGCUUGGGGUUGGUUUGAUACCCAGAUUCUCCCUGAUUUUUGCGCUUGACAUAUCAAUGCCAUACUUGUGCUCAUGGGUUUAACCAAAAUCGUAGAUGUCUACACUAUGCGUCACUUUGGCUUUUCCUCUCACAUUAAGCAGAUAUCACUGAAAUUCUGUUCAAAGCAAGGGUAAUCCCAGUUGACUCACUGUAAGAUCUUAAGUUGUCAUGAUGAACUGCAAAAUUGUUUAUGUUGUGUUUAGCACUUUCUCUCAUUAAGAUUAGUUUUGUUUGUAUUUGUUUUAAAGAUUUAUGUACCAGGGCCGUGUUUUAUGAAGCAGUCAUAAUGCUACGAUUGUCGUUACUCCCAUACCUCAACAUGGACUUACAAUAUUUAUAUCACCACAAUCGCUUUGUGAAAAGGACCCUGCCUGUUAAUUAUGUUGACAGUAUUUUCAUGAGAAAACUAUGGAAACAGUUCAGAUACAUCUAUGGUUGUUGAAUUAACAACUUCAUAAAUAAAUUAAUAUAUUGAUGUUUUCAGUUUCAAAUGUGGAAAACUGAAUCUGAUUGUGAGUCUUGUUUUCCAACAACCAUUUGACAAACUAUUAUGAUUGCUCUUGGCUUCAGGUACGUGGUUGCUGGCAACUUGAUGUUUAGUGUUAGUGUUUCCUUGUGUGAGUGUCAGUGAUGUGGUUGUGUGAUCAUUUUCUGGCUCUAGCUUUUUUUAUUACAAGCAAUUCAGAAGCCAAAGGUUUUUAGUGAUCUCUUCAUUAACACAUUUAUAAACUAGCACUGAACCACACAGAACUACCGUAUAUCAUUGUCUAUGAUGUGACUUUUAGUACCUGGCAUGAGGGGGUAUAUGACAGGGUUGUACUAUUGUACUAUGCAUGAGGGAGAAGAUCUCACAGUAUUUUUUUGUAGCUGUUUCACUUACCACUGGCAAUGUCAACCGGCGUUGAAACUAACUUGAAAGACAGUCUGGCAUUGACGUAUAUAUUUUUUUGUUGUUGAAACAUUUGCAACUUUGUAUGACCUGCUGAUGUUCUUCACUCGGAUCACAGUAUUGACUGAUAUAAAUUAGCAUUGAUUUUGAAUGUUUCUACGGGAGUCGUAUAAUCGUAUUAUAGGCUUGGAGGUAUUAUAAACAGUGAUAUACGGUAGCCACACUGUCAAUCUGUACUUGUUUCUUGAGUCGAGUCCAUUCAGGUUGAUUUACAGGUCAACGACAUUGAUCAUUUUGUGUUCUUGUCAGACAACCACAGGCUACAGCAUUAUGUUUGCUGACAAAUUCAUGUGCUAUUCCCGCCAUGCUGACAUCCGACAUCUGUGACAUGGCAAUACUUGCAGUAUCAUAGAUGUUGUCAAUACUUGUGAUAUCAUACGCAUUGUCAAUACUUACAGCAUUGUACUUAUUGUUAGAAUUGCAGUAUCAUACAUAUUGUCAAUACUUGCAGUAUCACAUUUGCAAUACUUCAUGGGUUUAUGCACUAUGUUGUUCCAUCACUUGUGAAUAAGUACAGCUGGUUUGCAGUGUAGGAGCUACUUUUAGCCGUUAUUUCUUGUGCAACAUGUGCCAUAGCUUUUUGCCCAGCUACUCUACACAUUGCUUCAAAAGGAGGCAACAGUAGUGUUCGCACAAAGUCCUUAUACGGAGUAGGGCUCGUUGGACUUCCAUACUUCAUUCGCUAACUAAAAAUAAGCUUGCACCACUACUACACUGCAUAGUGUCUGUAUGUAUUCACGGGCGACGGAGGAAUGUAGUGUAUACAAACCUGUGAAGUAUUCACAUUAUCAUCCAUCGUAAUAGCAUGUUCAGGCUAGACCAAAUCUUAUUCUUGCUUCACAGAAUGUCUGAACAUUGUAAGAAAGAAAUGUUGCAAUCUUAUUAUAAAAUGAGAUCUUAGUUUUUGCUACCGCUAAACAAAGAUCUGAGGACAACCAUUACGACCUUUCGUGAAUUUUGACCGACCAAUGAAAUUACUGACAAGAAAUCGACAUUAGCCAAUGAGAAGGCAGCUUUCUCGAGCUUUUCGACACUAGUUUCAAACUGGCGACUAUGCUUCGAAACAUAUUUUGACGGAUUCUCGAUUAAAAAAUUUAAAAGUGAUAAGAAAUUCUGGAAUGGUUUACAGAUGGCCUAGAUUGUAUGGAUAUAAUCAUUAAACCUGUAACUGUUGUUAGGAAUACCCUCUGUUAAAUAUUUCAAGGUUGCAUGACACAUUCUGACUGUCACUUUCAUGAUCUGGUAAGUGACGCUCUGAUUGGUUGGAUUAAAGGUCGAUCUGAUGUGACCCAUAAUGGGAUGUCCUCAGAUCUUUGUUUAGCGAUAGCGAGAACUAAGAUCUGAUUUUAAUGAGAUUGGAAAUGUUGUUUGGGUUGAUUUGAGUUCAUUUUCAAAAAGAAACCUUGAAAUUAAAGUGAAAGCAAAAGGAUGUUUAACCAUGUUAAAAAAAAUAAUGUUUUUCUUCAGAGACAGCAUUUUGCAAAUUGAUGUGCAGAAUCUUCUGUAACACAAGAAAAAAUAUUGGUCUGGUUUCUGUAACUACCAGAUUAUACAACUCACUUAUUCAUAAUAAACCUGUCAAUGAUUGUAUAA